GCUUAUAAAGAAACGAAAAGUAUUUUUAAAAGAAGUUCAAAGUAAUCUUUUUCUGUGGAAAAAUCGAAUCAUCUCUACAAUUUGACACAUCGUUGAAGCCUCACGCUAAAAAGUGAUUUUCAAAGUAAUCAUAGCAAGAAAGUUUUAAUUCGAAACAAACUAUUCGAAAGUAUACCUGUCUGUUGAAAAGGCUGCGGUAAAGUUUAUCCAUCGAUAAAAAAAAACUAUCACGAUAAAAAUAGAAACAAUUUAUGCAUCUGCAACUCGGAUUAAUGGAAAUAUGGUUGUUUUAAAAUAUUCGAGUUACUCAUCGUCAGCACCGUUGUCAAGACAAUCAUCUCAUUUGCACAAUCAACUAGCGACAAACCAAUCCGCAAACAUUUUAAUGACACAUAACAGCAAUUCGAUUCAUGCCACAAAAUGUGCGCCGCCAAUGACCAAUGGAUCGAACAAAUCGCGCGAUUGGGACAUCAAUGAUCCUCAAGUGCCAACAUUUAACGAUCAUGAAUAUGAUGAGUUUUGUGAAUGGGCCGACGGUCACAUUCGAUUUGUCUACCGAAACACCAGCGAAGAGGCACGCAAACACAUUUCUGGAUGGGCCAUGCGGAAUACGAACAAUCACAAUGUGAAUAUUCUGAAGAAAAGCUGCUUGGGCGUUCUCGUUUGUACCGCCAGUUGUUCACUGCCCAACGGCGAACAGAUUCAUUUACGUCCUGCCAUUUGCGAUAAAGCACGGAAGAAGCAACAAGGCAAACCAUGCCCAAAUCGCGCUUGUCACACUGGUAAAUUGGAAAUUCGUCCAUGCCGAGGUCACUGUGGUUAUCCGGUCACACAUUUCUGGCGAUCAACAAACAAUGCAAUAUUCUUCCAAGCCAAGGGAGUGCACGACCAUCCAAAACCGGAGCCAAAAAAUAGCACCGAAUAUCGACGAGCCAUUGGUUCGGGCAGAAGAAGCCGCGGCUUGGCUGUUCUUUUGGCACGUGAUGCUGCUUUGGGCAACAAGUUAAUGUCGUUACGCACAGGAGCCAAGAAGCAAAAACCAAAUCCAAGCACUGAUAAAAUUCGGCCGCCACCGCUUAUUUCCGAUUUCAAUUCAGGUGUGCCGUGUAGUUGUCCGCCGUAUCAUUGUGUGUGUGGCACGAUGAAUGUGAAAUUGGAGAAUAAUAAUAUGCCGCAGCAAAUGUAUAAAAAUGUAUACUAUGGUUCGGUGUCGGAAACGUACUGUCACUCGCAAAACACCGAUGUAUCGAUGCAUUCGAGCCAGACAGCUGCCAAUAGCCUGCCGUAUUGGAAUCAGGCAUCAUCGCAACAACAACAACAACAACAACAGCAGCAACAGCAGCAGCAGUCAAAUCAACAGCAUUCACCGAGUCAUUUGAAUUACGGUAGCGGUGCGUCUUACGGCAAUCAACAACAGCACACCGAAGCUGUUUAUCAUGCAUUCCAAGCGAAUGGAUCGAAUGUGUAUCAGCCGAAUUCGAAUUUCAGUGGCAAUAAUAAUGUGAGUUCACAGGAUGUCUAUCAAUAUUCGCCGUAUUCGGGUGAUUUGCUUCAACCGGAGGAUAUAUUUCAAAUGGAUCAACCGAUUCGAUCGGCGAAUGUAUCAUCAUUAAAUAGUUUGUCUGCGUCGCCGCCGGCUACAUUGCUCGAUUUGGGCAGCGGUACGAUUGAACAAAAGUACAGUCACAGCGAACUCUCCGAUUCGUAUUACAGUUUAAACGAUGAUAAUAGCACAAAUUCCAGCCACAACGCCGAUCCAGCAUGCUUUUACCAAAAUAUGAACGACGCAAUGCAUUUGCAUAAUGGGGUGAAUGGCAGUGGCAAUCACAAUAACAACAAUUCAAAUAUGAUCUCAAUGAAUGCAUCAUCACCAACGGCCGCUCACUCAUUUGAACCUGCGGCAACGCAUGCCACAUACUACUGUGAUACACGAACCACCGAACCAUCACGUCAAUACGCCAAACAUUCGCCGACAAUGCUUUCACCCAACGAUACGGCCUGCGAUCGAAUCGCCAAUGGAAAUUAUCAGGCUGCGUGCUACAACAACAACAACAACAACAACAACAGCGUUGCCAUCAAUAAUAAUAUCCAUGACAAUUUCAAGAAUCAGAAGCGAAAAGCAAGCGAAGCCUUUGCCCAGUCGCCAACCAAUCAAUUCAACACAUUUAACACGAAUUUAGUCAACAACCAUCACGAAUAUUACGGCGGCAGCGUUGAACAUCUUUCGUCAAAUCUCACCAAUUUGGAACUGCAUCAACAGCAAAACCAUGAGAUGCAAUACGCAACCAACUGUAGCUCAAUCAUUAGCGAGUAUUGUAACGAUGACGUCUUAUCAAAUUCGCAUGGCAAUCAGUGUUUAACCUAUUACGAUAGCGAAACCAACAAUUUAGUACAAUUAUCCACCAACUCAUACGAAAUUUCGGUCGUCAGUAGCAAUUAAAUGUGUCCACAGCCAAUUUCGAAGAAAGUUUUACUUUUAAAGAAUCAAAAAGACACACAAGAAAAUUUCUUCAUGAAGUUUUUUUCUCUUGUUUUAGUCAUCGUUUUGUUAUAAGUUCUGUUUGUAUUGAAAACAUUGAUGUUUCCCAGUGGUUAUGUUUUUAGUGCCAGUCAGUAAGAGUCUAUACGUAUUUAAGAUGUCAAAUAACCAAAAUUAAUGCUAUGUGUUUAAGAGCAGUUCAUUGAAAAUGUGUGGUCUCACCAAUUUGGAGGUUGCGAUGAUUUGGAGGUUGUCUAGUUGGACAACAAUUUUUUUUUUAAAUUUUAAGUGAAAAAUGAAGACGUAUUGGUAUAAGAGAUGAAGUUUUGUUUUUGAUAGACUUACAACAUGUGCAUGUUUGUGUGAACGUUUUUAUUCGCAUUCUUUCCUCUUUCGCUCUCAUUAGUUAUUAUUAUCUUUUUCUGCGUAUGGAGAAACGAUAUCAUUUUUAGG